AUGCCUGUUCAAAAAUAUUUAUGCGGCCCCUGUUUGGCGGAGAAAGCCGAAAUAGAGGGCGUUGUGUAUUGUAAAGAAUGUGAGGAACCACUUUGUGCGCAGUGUAAACAGUAUCAUGCAAGGAUUAAAGUUUCCAAACACCACAAGUUGUGUGACCUUUCGGAUAUACCUCCCCAGGAGAUACAGGAACUUCUGAAGAACCUGAUAGCCUGUCCGAAUCACGCAAAGGAAGAAGUGGUUUACCUGUGUAAAGACCACGAUGUGAUAUGCUGUACUAAGUGUGCUAUGGCUGAUCACAGAAAGUGCGAGGAAGUUAAGAUCCUUUCUGAUAGUUUGAACGAUAUAAAAGUUGAUUGUACCGAAAUGAAGACAGUGUUGCUUGAAUUUGAAAAGCAUGGUGAUCGUCUUUUAGAACAUGAACGCAAACACGAAGAAUUAGUUGUUGAAAUAGAAAAUCAAGCGUUGUCAUCCAUCAAAACCAUUAAACAGAAACUCGUAGACAUGUAUGCGCAACUCGAGAAUGAAGUGCUAUCAGCAAUUGCUGAUAAGAAGAAAGUUAUAGAAGAAAAAAUAAAAACAAACACCGAGAAUACUUGUCAGUUUUUGAAUGACAUUAAACAGCAGUCAACAUAUAUUGAACAGGUUGGGAAAUGUGGAACUAAGGAACACGUUGUUCUCCUACAGCGCCAGCUUGAAAAGGAUUCGUUAAAGGAUUUACUUUUAGAAAUCAAGAAUGAAUUACCACCAUUGAAUACGUUACCGUUUGACACCGAGAAGGAAAUUUGA